UCUGACCUCUCCUCCCUCUCUACAGCUCAGCUUCUCUUCCUGAGCUCACUCUGUCGUUAGCGUUCGCGUUGACUGGCCAGAGUCCGCGAGCUGAGCACCACCACCUCAUCUUUGCCUGAUCUGCCACCUUCCUCUGCCUCUCCCUUUGUCCCCUCUCUCUCUCUCUCUCUGUCACUGCAGCUACUCACACAUUCUUCUCUGUCCAGCCCUCAGGACCUGACUGUUAUCUCGCAGCCCACCCGCCGCUGGUUCCUCACACCGCUUCCUGAUCCUCGUUCUAACUUCUGAUUGGCCAUGGCGUACCAUAGCUUCCUGUUGGAACCAAUUAGCUGCCAUGCCUGGAACAAAGAUCGGACCCAGAUUGCCCUGUGCCCAAACGACCAUGAGGUUCACAUCUACAAGAAGGAUGGGACCAAGUGGAACAAGAUCCAUGAGCUGAAGGAGCACAAUGGACAGGUGACAGGUAUUGACUGGGCUCCAGACAGUAACCGUAUAGUUACUUGUGGAGCUGACCGUAAUGCCUAUGUGUGGACCCUAAAAGAGGGUGCCUGGAAACCCACCCUUGUCAUCCUCAGGAUUAAUCGCGCUGCUCGCUGUGUUAAGUGGUCGCCACGAGAGAACAAGUUUGCUGUAGGCAGCGGCUCUCGUCUCAUCUCCAUCUGCUACUUUGAGCAGGAAAACGACUGGUGGGUGUGUAAGCACAUCAAGAAGCCGAUCCGCUCCACCAUCCUCAGUCUCGACUGGCACCCCAACAAUGUCCUGCUGGCUGCUGGGUCAUGUGACUUCAAAUGCAGGGUAUUCUCCGCCUACAUUAAGGAGGUGGAGGAGAAGCCUGGCCCGACCGCUUGGGGCAGCAAGAUGCCGUUUGGUGAGAUGUUGUUCGAGUCCGGAGGAUCUGUAGCUGCAGAUCAGACUUUGGUUGGAGGCGGUGGUUGGGUGCACAGCGUGUGUUUCUCUCACUCUGGGAACCGCCUGGUCUGGACCUCCCACGACUCAACAGUGUCUGUUGCAGAGGGAGGCAAGACUGGCACGGUGAACAGUCUGAGCUCUGAGACGCUUCCCCUACUGUGUGUCACUUUCAUUACUGAGAACAGCAUAGUGGCAGCUGGCCAUGACUGUUACCCGGUGCUGUUUGUGUAUGAUGGGGCUAAAGGCAGCUUGACAUUUGGUGGUAAGCUGGAUGUUCCUAAGCAGGCGGCCCAGAAGGGCAUCAGUGCCAGGGAGCGUUUCCAGAACCUGGACCGUCGAGCCUCAGAGACCCAAGGCACUGAGAAGGACCUGAACAGCCUGCACAAGAACAGCAUCAGCCAAAUCUCAGUGCUCGAAGGAGGAAGAAACCAGUGCACCAAGUUCUGCACCACUGGCAUGGAUGGAGGAAUGGGCCUCUGGGAUGUCAAGACUCUGGAGUCUGCAAUGAAGAACCUGAAAAUAGUCUGAAGUCUGAAUUCAAGUUUACGGCACUCCGG